GCUAAUAUCACUCUACCAAAAAUGUCCGCGAGCUCCUGGUGGCUCAACGCCAUGGACACGCUGCCUCCAGAACUGGUGGUGUGCAUCUUCGGGAAGCUGCGCUGCCCGCUGACGCUGCUGGACGUGGUGCCUCUGGUCUGCAAGCAGUGGCGCAACCUCUCCAAGGAUCCCCUGGCCUGGGCCAGUGCCGAGCUUGCCUGGGACGGCACGGACCCCAAGGCCCGCAAGGCUUCCGGGCUGCGCUUCGGCAGCAUGCGUCUCUCCAGCGGCGAUGAAGACGAUGACGUGUCCGCGGCGUGGGAGAAGUUGAAGGAGGACAGCCUCCGCGUGUCGACGGCUGACGCGGCGCGCAUUCUGCUCCACGCCCCCGCACUGAACUGCAUCAACUUCUGCGCGGACAUGCCGGAGAAGGGCAUGAAGCGGCUGGUGAACGCGCUGCGCCGCAGCAGGACUGUCGUGACGCAGUACUUCACGGUCCACGAGAUGACCUCCUGGCACAUGACGCUGCGUGGCCGCUCGGCCCUGCUGGACAUGAUGUGGCGCAGCCGCAACCACUUAGUUGGGGCCACGGUGCAGCUCAGCAGACAGGAGGAUAUCUCUGACGACGUGCCCGCCUCCAAGCGAGGCCCCCUGCGUGACAGUCAGGGCCGCACCGUGCUGGACGUGCUGGCCCAGAUGCCCACCCUGGAGUGCCUGUCGCUGGACGCCUCCUGGGACUACCCGUACGCUGGCGAGCUGAGAGGCAAGCUGCCCCGGCUCCGCAAGCUGUUCAUGAACCGCGGCGACGGCGGCAUCUGCGGGGAGCGCCUCGUGUGCGACCUCAUUGACGGCGCCGCUGCCACACUGGCCGGGCUGGACCUCAACAGGGACUACGGCCGGCCGCAGGACUCCAUUCUGAGGCACCCCAGGAUCCCGGACUACCGCGCCGCCGUGACGCCGGCGCUGAUGGCCAGUGUGGCGGGCUGCAAGCGCCUCUCGUUCCUGGAGGGCCCCGCGGCCCUCGCCCCGCACCUGCCCAGCAUGCCGGGCCCCCGCCGAGCUCGUCCUGCACCUGGGGCGAGGUGUGGCCCAGAGACCGCGUUUCGCCCCAUCCCUAGGGAAAACACCUACGAGGCGACGCUGAGGGACGAGCACAGGACCAACAACUUAAGCGAGGGCUGGCACAACCGCUUUCAGGGUGUCAUCGGCAAAAAUCACCCAUCGCUGUACACUGCGCUUGGAGAAAUCCAGAAGGAGCAAGCUGACACGGAGACGAUGCUGCACGAGCUAUCCCUGGGUCGCCGCGUCAAGGCCGCUCCAAAGAAGAAGUGGCUGGACCAGCAGCGACGCGUCAAGUCCGUUGUCACUGAUUAUGCUACUUACAAGCAAGAAGAAAGGGUCGUCGACUACUUGCGGACACUGGGACAUCUCUUCACUCUCUAAAAUUUUUUGGAAUUUUUGAUAUAUUUUUUUCAUAUACUUUGGCAUUUGCAUAAAUUAUUUUGGGAAAAUUAGUUUGGGAAUUAUUUUUUGGGAACAAAAAAAAUUGGAACCACAGUACUUUGGAAU